GCCGGGCGGUGCUGGGAGCGUCCGCGCGUCCCUCCCCCGUUCCCCGUGACCCGGCGGCGCGAUGGCGGCCGCGGCGGAGCGCACCGACGAGCUGGUGCGCGAGUAUCUGCUCUUCCGCGGCUUCACCAACACUUUGAAGCAGCUGGACGCGGAGAUCAAGGCGGACAAAGAGAAGGGCUUCCGGGUGGAUAAAAUAGUGGACCAGCUUUUGCAGUUUGUGCACAGCUAUGAUCUGGCUGCCCUUCGGGAUUACUGGAGUUACCUUGACAGGCGUCUUUUCAGUCGGUUGGAGGAUGUGUACCGACCAACAGUAAACAAGCUGAAAAUCAGUUUAUACCGCUACUACCUCGUUCAUACUAUACAGACCAACAGGAACGAUAAGACGCAGGAAUUCUUUCUCAAGCAAGGCUCUGAACUUCAGAACCAGGCUGAGUGGAAGGACUGGUUUGCCCUGCCUUUCGUCUUGAAUCCAGAUACAAAUCCUACCUUUGCCUCGUAUUUUUCCCGCCAGUGGGCAGACACUUUCAUUGUUUCCCUGCACAACUUCCUCAGUGUCUUAUUUCAAUGCAUGCCUGUGCCGGUAAUCUUGAACUUUGAGACAGAGUGCCAGAGAAGUAGUCUUUUGCAAGAAGAAAAUGAAAUUCUGCGUCAAAAGCUGUUUGCUUUGCAAGCAGAGCAUUCCCGACUGAAGAAAGAGGAACAACAGCAACAAUACCCGGAGGACGAGGAAUUGAUACCUCUUCACAAGCUUCCUUCCUAUGUGGCCAACAUGGACCAUCUGGGAGACUCCGAGCUUGACAUAACAUGUAACCAAAGAAGCACUGCGCACUCUCUCCAGGCCCGAGGGGGAUUCUUGUCUUCUUUUCUGUCUCAGAAUAAAAAGGGUGCCUCUAGAGUGACACCGACAGCAGGAAUCAUCUCUGCACCAACAGGCGUGACACAACUGGGCAAGAAAGAGCAGGUGGGCCACCAGAGUACCAAAGGGAAGGAAGGGGCAAUUGGCUGCAAGGAAUCAAAAAGUCUCUUUAGCGCCCUAGCAGUGGCAGAAUCCAGCUCGGCUCAGCAGCGUCAGCGACGCCUUCAGGAUCACGGGAAAGAGAGAAAAGAGCUUUUAUCCAAAACAGCCUCCCAGGGACAGAACGUUGAGAGGAAGACGGAGUCCAGCACCAUUGAACCAGACCCCUCCCCUGAGUUGCACGCUGAGCAGGCAGAAGUCCUAACAAAAGCUUUUGGCUCCAGCACGGAUGCUGGGGGCAUCAGACAGGAGCAGCCAUUCAUUGUCCUGAGUCAGGAAGAAUAUGGGGAACAUCACUCAUCCAUCAUGCAUUGCCGGGUUGAUUGCUCUGGUCGAAGGGUGGCCAGUUUGGAUGUGGAUGGGGUCAUCAAGGUGUGGUCUUUCAAUCCCAUCAUGCAGACGAAAGCCUCUUCCAUUUCCAAGUCUCCCUUGCUCUCCCUGGAAUGGGCAACGAAACGAGACAGGCUGUUGUUGCUCGGGAGUGGCGUUGGGACGGUUCGCCUGUAUGACACGGAGGCCAAGAAGAAUCUUUGUGAAAUCACCAUUGAUGAAGAUAUGCCCAGGAUCCUUUCACUUGCGUGCAGUCCAAGUGGCGCUUCUUUUGUCUGUUCAGCUGCAGCUUCUGGCCUUCUCAACCAGCUAGAUUAUGCAGCUCCAGAUUCCGGAGGGAAAGGCACAAAUCAAGUCCCUGGGAAACUGCUUUUGUGGGACACUAAAACCAUGAAGCAGCAGCUCCAGUUUUCCCUUGAACCAGAGCCCAUUGCUAUAAACUGCACAGCCUUCAACCACAAUGGGAAUCUGCUGGUCACCGGAGCCGCGGACGGCGUCAUCCGUCUCUUUGAUAUGCAGCAACAUGAAUGUGCUAUGAGUUGGAUGGCCCAUGAUGGGGAAGUCUAUUCUGUGGAAUUCAGCUAUGAUGAGAAUGCCGUUUACAGUAUCGGAGAAGAUGGGAAGUUCAUUCAGUGGAAUAUCCACAAAAGUGGCUCCAAAGUAUGUGAGUACACCCUCCCCAAGGACGCCACAGGUCCCUUCGUACUGUCUGGCUACAGCGGAUACAAGCAAGUCCAGUUCCCACGCGGGCGGCUCUUUGCCUUUGACUCGGAGGGCAACUACAUGCUGACCUGUUCUGCUAAUGGGGGCGUCAUCUACAAGCUGAAUAGCAGUGACAAAGUAUUGGAAAGUUGUCUCUCCCUGGGAGGACACAGGGCCCCAGUGGUCACAGUGGACUGGUGCACAGCUAUGGAUUGUGGGACCUGCCUCACCGCCUCCAUGGAUGGGAAGAUCAAACUAACCACUUUAUUGGCACAAAAGUCUUAAAUAAAGCUGUGCCACUGGGAAAGCACACAUUUGAACUACUGGGGUGGGUGUGGGAGAGGACAAUCAGUAUUAACCAUUUAGAUGCAAGCUGCUUCGGACAGAAGGAAGUAACUCAACCGCUCAUCUUAACGUUCCUCUCUCAUCUAGAUUGGAAACUUGUUUCACUUAAUGCCAAACCACUGCCAGUUAGGAGAAUCAAUUACAGCCAUUUUCCAAAAUAUGCUCAUAGCAGGCAUGCAGUGCUCAUCAAACCCAUUCCAGUGAGGACCAGAUCCUUCCCCACCGCCUCUCCCACAAGUCCCCAGUAGCAUUUGGCCAUAAAGUCCUAGAAUUGUGCCAAGAUGUGAUGCAGUUUUGCAGUGACUCCAGCAGGGAAGACAAGCCUGUGGAAAACCUAACAGUAUUCUAUGUCUGCUACUGCAUUUCUUGUAAUAAAAUAUUAGACUGCAUUUGUUA